AGGGAGUGUUUGGUACAUUCACAAGUCUUCUUUGCCUUGCCUCUGAAAAAGUCACCAAGACCUUUGACAGGUUUGGAAAAAUCAAGGGCAGUUUGGUGCUUUCACAUGCAUAAGUACCUUGUAUGAAUCCUCAGAGGAGAGGGAGAGAGGGAGGGACUACAAGUUGUGGAUGGCCACACCAGUGAGACAGGAGCACCAACCUGAAUAUUUUUUCUGAAAAUUCUUUUUCUUUGUUCUACAACUUCUCUGGUGUGUUUGGAAGGGAGAAGGAAGAAAGAGAAGAAAAUAACUCACAUUCUCAUUCUCUUACAAUGUCAGCAUUGGUGUAGCCGCUUUAACAAUCAAUCCCUUCAACCUCCAUUUAACCCACUUUUAACUUCUUUCCAUCUUUGCAACUCCAGUCUCCUACACUACUUGUCAACACCGCCUCCACCACCACCACCAUGUCCUCUAAAUCCAAAUCUGGUUUAUCUGAAACUCCAAAUAGCAAAGCUUCACCAGCAACUCCCAGGGUUAGUAAACUAGGCAGGGGAAUUACUAAAUCAGAACCUGAUUCACACUCUCCCUUGCAGCACUCUCGGCCUUCCAUUGAGAGGUCACCGAGAUCCGUUAAUUCUCAUAGUUCAAAACCUGCGGUGGAUCGUCGCUCCCCAAAGCUUGCUACUCCGCCCGAGAAACAGAUAUCACGGGUUGUAAAGGGAUCUGAGUUACAGGCACAAUUGAAUCUUGCUCAGGAAGAUCUGAAGAAAGCAAAGGAACAGUUAGUUCUGGUAGAGAAGGAGAAGGCCCAAGCAGUCCAAGAAUUGAACGAAGCACAAAAAUUGGCGGAGGAAGCAAAUGAGAAACUCAGGGAGGCUUUGGUGGCUCAAAAGCGAGCGGAGGAGGAUUCUGAGAUUGAAAAAUUCCGGGCUCUUGAGAUGGAACAGGCUGGAAUUGAGGCAGCCCAGAAAAAGGAAGAAGAAUGGCUGAAAGAACUCGAAGCUGUGAGGAGCCAGCAUGCUUUGGAUGUGUCUGCUCUUCUCUCUGCCACUCAUGAACUCCAAAAGUUGAAGCAGGAACUGGCCAUGACUAGUGAUGCAAAGAAUCGAGCCCUGAGCCAUGCUGAUGAUGCGACCAAGAUUGCUGAGAUUCAUGCUGAGAAAGUUGAGUUUCUGUCAGCUGAAUUGGCUCACUUGAAGACCUUGCUUGAUUCCAAGCUAGAAGCGGAGGCUAGCGAGAACAAGAAGAUUGUGCUGGAGCUGAAUUCAGAGAUUGAUUCUCUGAAACGAGAACUUGAGAAAUCAAAAGGUUUUGAAGAGAAGUUGGUGGAAAGAGAGGCUUCCAUUGAACAACUUAAUGUUGAGCUAGAAGCUGCAAGAAUGGCAGAAUCCUAUGCACGCAAUUUAGUGGAAGAAUGGAAGCAGAGGGUUGAGGAAUUAGAGAAUCAGGUCAAGGAAGCAAAUCGACUUGAGAGAUCUGCUUCUGAAUCUUUGAAUUCAGUCAUGAAACAGCUAGAGGGUAACAAUGAUUCUCUGCAUGAAGCAGAAGCUGAAAUUGCUUCUCUUAGAGAGAAGGUGGGGUUACUCGAAAUCUCACUUGGACGACAGAAAGGGGACAUUGAAGAAUCAGAACAUCGUCUCGAUGUGGCGAAGGAAGAAGCUUUGGAAAUGGGUAAAAUGGUUGAAUCUCUUGAGUCCCAGCUUGAAGCUGUAAAGGAAGAGAAAGCCCUGGCACUGAGCAAUGAGAAGCUCGCAGCUUCGAGUGUUCAAAGUCUCUUGGAAGAAAAAAAUAAGCUCAUCAAUGAGCUAGAGAAUUCUAGGGAUGAAGAAGAGAAGAGUAAGAAGGCAAUGGAAAGCUUGGCUUCGGCUUUGCAUGAAGUUUCUUUGGAAGCAAGAGAAGCUAAAGAGAAAUUGAUAUCCAACCAAGCUGAGCAUGAAAAUUAUGAAACCCAACUAGGAGAUAUGAAAUUGGUUUUGAAAGCAACAAAUGAGAAAUAUGAAACAGUGCUUGAUAAUUCUAAACAUGAGAUUGAUCUUCUUACAGAUACCAUUGAACAAUCCAAGCAUGAAUUCCUCAGCUCAAAGGCUGAGUGGGAGCAAAGGGAGCUCCAUUUAGUGAAUUGUGUAAAUCAAUCACAGGAAGAAAACUCUUCAAAGGAAAAAGAAAUGUAUAGGCUGGUAAACUUGCUCAAAGAAGCUGAAGCAGAAGCACAUGCAGCCAAGGAGGAAAGAGCUCAGCUGAAGGAUACCCUAAAGGAAACUGAGUCUCAAGUGAUUUUUUUAAAGGAAGUUAUUGGGGAAUCCAAGGCUGAGAGCAUGAAAAUUAAGGAGGGUUUGUUGGACAAGGAAAACGAACUGCAGAGUGUCAUGCAAGAGAAUGAGGACCUCAGAACAAGGGAAGCCGCUUCUCUCAAGAAGGUUGAGGAGUUGUCCAAGUUGCUUGAAGAAGCUAUGGCAAAAAAGCAAAGUGAGGAAAAUGGAGAGCUUACAGACAGUGAAAAAGAUUAUGAUAUGCUUCCGAAGGUUGUAGAAUUUUCUGAAGAGAACGGACAUGGAAAAGAGGAGAAGCUUAAAACAGAGCUUCCAUGUCAACAAAGCGAGGAACCCAAAAUAGAAAAUCCAUUGGUAGAAAAUAAUCUCGUGAAUGAGGAAAUGGUUGAAAAAGAUCCUGCUAAAUUUGGGAAAAUGAAUGGGAAACCUGAAGAAGAUGAGAGCAAACAAAAGGAAGACGAUGACUCUGUAGAAGUUGAUUUUAAGAUGUGGGAGACCUGCAAGAUUGGAGAGAAAGACUUCUCGCCUGAGAGAGAACAGGAGCAGGAAUCCUUCGAAGAGGAACUAGACUCAAAGGUGGAUGGUGGUGAGAGCUUUGAUCAGAUAAAUGGAUUGUCUUCAUCAGAAAAUGUGGACAAUGGUGGAAACUCCCCAUCAAAGCAGCAACAGCAGAAGAAGAAGAAGACUAUGCUCCGCAAGUUUGGGAGCCUACUUAAGAAGAAAGGCAGUAGCAAUCAGAAGUAGAAGAUAGAUCAGCUGUUGCCUCAUUCGCGCCCAGCUAGCAGGCAGGUAUUUUGAAUACUAUCUUGAACCUGAAUGUGUUUGCUGCAUCUUUUUGCUUCUGAUCCUCAGAAUAGGGAAAAAAAAUAUGGAGAUGCUUGUAUUAUUUUUAGAUUUUCUUUUUUGUUUCUUUUCAUGUGAUUCACCAUGUUGGGGAGUAUCUUGUAUGUGAUGGAGAUUUUUUUCCCUUCGUUUUUCUUUUUCCUCUUCCCCUUAUCUAAAUUCCAUGGAAAGGAGUGGUAACUUUUAAUUGUAUUUUACUGCGUUUUCAUCUGUUCUACAUGGAUUAUUCUUUUUCAUUUGUA